AUGGAGUUGGAAUUGCCGAGUCGUCAAUACGGUGAAGGCUUGGAACCUCAGGUUAAAAAGAUUAAUAACAGCUGCCGUUUGAAACUGCUCGAGUUGCUGAGAAAAAAAAUGGAACCAGAAUAUGAUGAAGUGAUGAAAGAUCCCCUUUUCUCGCAUAUUAUGAAUAUCGAGAAAAAUAAUCUGAAGUUUUCGGCGAGGCUAGUACACUCUUUCUUGUGUAAGGAGUUGAUAACAAGCAAGAGACAUGAGAAGUGGUUCACAUUUGCUAAGAGACCUAUGCGUUUCGGAUUGCAAGAGUAUCAUGCUGUAACUGGUCUCAAAGUAAUGGAAGAAAAGAAAAGUAGGUUGGUUAAAUGGAAAGAUGAUGAUGGUUUUUGGAGCAACCAGAUAAAGACAAGAGGGAAAAUCAACUUGCAGAUCAUAAAAACCCAGUAUUUGGAAGAAAGCAGUACCUGGACUUGGGUUGAUAGGGUGAGGCUGGUCUAUCUUUGCGUUGUUAUGGGUGUGGUAAUGGGGAGAGAUGAGAAGGUGAAUUUCCCACUUCUUUACAUGAAGUUGGCAAUGGAUUUGGACAAGUUUCGGAACUACCCAUGGGGUUUGUAUUCGUUCAAUUUUCUGUUGAAGCAGAUUGAUAAAACAAAGGCUAAAUUGGAGAAUAAGGAGGGGUACCUGAUGGAAGGAUUUUUGGUUGGUUUCCAGAUUUGGAUAAUGGAAGCUAUUCCUGCUUUAGGAGAGAUUUGUGGUACAAAAGUCAGCGACAAUUACACAGGUCCUUUGUGUGGUAAUUGGAAAGGAUGUGCAAAAUGUUCUUAUGAAGAUAUCAUUGGUGUUGAGACUUUAUUUCCAGAGAAUGGAAUUAUGCAUUCACUCAUAGAAUUCCAAGGAGAUGGAAAGGUCUUUUUGGCAACAGAUUUUGUAAGAAAAGAUGAGAAGAAAGAUGAAAGAGUGGAUCGCAUCCUCGAUAUGAUUGAAAGAAAACAUGAUUGGAGAAGAAACAAAAGAAAGUAUGUGGAUCGAGGAGCAGAGUCAAGGAAGAAGAAGGUCUUGUGUGAACUAGCUGCUUCAUCGAAAGUCAACAUUGAUACAGAUAUGAAAAAGUUUUUGGAGGGUCUACUACAAGCUUCUUUUACUACUUUUGAGAAGAAAAUCAGUAACCAGUUCUCGGAUAUAGUUGACAAGUUUCAGAAAGUGGUAACUGACAGAUUGACGAAAAUUGAGACUGAUAUUACACAGCUCAAGACAGCUUCGGGUAGAACAGAGCAGUUUGAGACAGAUGUAACUGGCAGAUUGGUGAAGAUUGAGAGUGAAGUUACACAGAUGAGGACAUCUUUACUGAUUACUGAAUUGGCGGGGAAGAGUGAUCAACCAAGCGGUCCUAAAAAGAUAAAAAUCGACACUAUAUCUACCAUGAGCAAAAAAGACACAGCUCCAUCCAAGAAAAAGGGUAUGAAUAAAAAAGAGUUAAAGACUGAUGAUUUGAAUGUUAAGUUACCUAGUGGUAAUUUGACUCAAUCAUCAGCUAGUGAUCUUCAUAUGGAUACAAACGAGUUAUUCAAAAAUUGCAUGAAGAAACUUUCACAAGACACAUUUGUUAAAGAUUUGGAUACAUCUAAGCCUACAAUCGAAGAUUCAUUGGAUUGGUUGGAACUUCCACCAUCAUUGAAGGUAUCAUCACCACGAUUAGAUGACCAAAAGAUAGGGGUAGCAGGCAGCAAAGACCCAGAUAAUUGGUUGGUGUUUGUGCAUCCAGAUAAAUUUGAGAAGAUGACAGAAUGGCAAAAUACACGAACAGCUAUACAGAUUGGUCCUUCAAUAUUAGAUGGAGAAUUAGCCGGACGUGUUAUGUCUGUAAGCACAUGGCUUAAAAACUAUGAGAUCGAUGCUUUAAUGUACAUAUUCCGGGAACGAACAACACUGCAACGAUGGAAAGUGGAUCGUGUUGCUUUCAUGACAUGCGUUUUCAGUGACCUCAUUGCUAGUGAUUACAUUCAUUUCUGUAAGGGUAUCAAGCAGUACAAUAUGAAUCCUUUAUUACUCGAAUACGGUAAAGGUGAACUGCCUUCUCAUGGAAGAACACGGAAGUUGUGGAAUGUCGACGUAGAUAGGAUGUACGUACCUGUUUGGGUCAAUGGCAACCAUUGGAUCGCUUUAUGCAUCAGUUUUGUGACUAGGAAUAUCCAGGUGUUUGAUUGUGCGGGUAAAAAGAGAAUCAAAGAAGUGGAAGCUUUCACGCAUCUUAUUCCUCGGAUUGUUAAGGCUGUUCAGUCAUUGACAGUACAGAAGCAUCUCGUCGUCUCUCCGUACACUGUUUCCUAUGUACCUAUGAGUGGACUUAACCGACAAAAAAGUCAUUGUGGUGUGUACACUAUAAAACACAUUGAAUGCCACGCGCUUGGAUUAGACAUAGCAUUGGUGGAUGAUGAUAACAUAUGGGGCUGUAGGAUAAAGACUCUGUGUGAUUUAUGGGAAGCAGCUCAUGAUCCAGAGUUGAUUGAAAGGAUGUCAAAAUAUGAGCCUCUUAAGUGUACGCCUACUGAGGCUAUUGAAAUUGAUCCUCUGUAA